UGAGCGGAAGUGUGUGACAUCAUCAAAACAGUGUACGCCUGGGUAGCGUCUGUUACCCUGUCUGUAUUACUAGAUUUAGGGAUUGUUUGAAUUCCACGCGCUAUGUUCCAUUUCACGCGUGGCGUUGGUCGCUCCGACUGACCGCUCUGUACCGAGUGCGGCGACUUUGUUUAUUUCUUCGAUAGCCAAUAUCGAAAAACGCUAUGGUUGAACAAUCGGAUCGCGCUCCGCUGCUGGACUGGGAGGAGGUUCCCCCGGCCGAACUUGCCCCAUCGGUUCCAUCACCGGAGACUGGGGAUUCAAUACAAUCCGGUCUAUCGAGUUACCCGGCCGAGGGCAGUGUAGGAGCAGAUAUCUCCUUAAACAGAAGCCCAGCGAGACCGAAUAGUGUAACAGCUGUUCCAGGCGAAAGUGCACAUUCUCCCUAUAAGCAGUACAGCGGCCCGGGAGGAGAUGCUUCUGCCACUGAUGAGGAGGGAGACUGCGCCUUUCAUGGACUGUCAGUCAGGGAUCGGAGGAUCACGGGGUCUGGAUGGGAAGAAAAAGAUCAGAUUGUUGCUGUGUUCGUUGUGACUUUCGACACCAGAUCGGGAAAUAUGAUAGAAUGGUGCCUACCUCAAGAUGUGAAUCUGGAGGGAGUAGAGUUCAAGUCAAUGGCCAGCGGCUCUCAUCGGAUCUCAAGUGACUUCAUAUAUUUCCGUAAAGGCUGUUAUUUUGGACUAGCGUGCUUUGCAAACAUGCCUGUGGAAAGUGAGCUGGAACGAGGAGCUCGGAUGAAAUCUGUAGGGAUUUUGUCUCCUUCUUACACACUGCUAUACCGUUACAUGCACUUCCUGGAGAACCAAGUCCGGCACCAGUUGCAGUGUCCAGGCCAGUACUCUCCACUGGAAGCUUUCUACGAGGAUAAAAAGGCAGUGUUGCCCCCAGGAGGGAACGGUUUGGUCACAGCCUGCCCGACCAGUGCUCUUGGACCCAUAGUCAACCGCUGCAUGCAUCCAGAGAUGAAGAUUACACACCCGGCUGGCUGCAUGUCCCAGUUCAUCCGCUUCUUUGGAGAGCAGAUCAUGGUGCUGUGGAAGUUUGCUUUGCUCAGGAAACGCAUCCUUAUUUUCUCUCCUCCCCCUGUCGGUGUGGUCUGCUAUCGAGUAUACUGUUGCUGCUGCCUUGCUAAUGUGUCCAUUCCUGGGAUGGGCAUGUCUGUUCCGGAGUUCCGGCCCUUCUUUUACAUCAAUGUUGCUGACAUCACUGCUCUUGAGGCUGAGCCGUCUUAUGUGGCCUGUACAACAGAGAAGAUCUUUGAGGAAAAGAAGGAGCUGUAUGAUGUCUACAUUGACAAUCAGAAUGUAAAGACACACAGAGAGAGCCUCCAGCCUCUGCUCAGACUCAACAGUGCAGACAGAGAGAAGUAUCGCAAGCUCUGUGAGCAGAGGCAGAUGCUGCUGUACUCUCAGGAGGUGGAUGGGGACUGCGCAUCCAGUGAGGAAGACCUCUUCAUUUUGUUCUUCAUGGAACAGAACAACAGAAUCUUCCAGACCCUAUCUGAGUUGGCGGGGAGCGCCGAUCCUACCCUGACUGCUGAGCACAUGAGAGCCAUGGGGCUGGAUCCUCAGGGCGACCGCGGUUUUCUCGUCGACCUGCUGGAAAUCUACGGCAUCGACGUCAUGCUGGUUAUCGACAACCCCUGCUGCCCGAGCCAUUCCUGACACCUCUGGACCACACUGAUACUGCCAACACCAACAAGGUGCAAUCCGACUGCAGGCUUUUUGUGCACUUUGCGGCCAGUCAAUCCAGUGACAUCUUUCUGCUUGUUUGUCUGUCUGUUUGUGUGCUUAGUAUCCUUCCAGCCAUCUUGGAUUUCUUCUCGACUCUGCCUAAGCUUGUUUCCAAAACAUGAUCUCUGUGCCUCUCUCUACUGCUUUUCAAUCUGUGGUCUUCAGUUGUGACUUUGUUCUUCUAGCCAGUGCUGUCUGGGGGAACUGAUGUGACGUCCCCAGUGGAUAUAAAUCUGCUUCACUUGGACACCAGAGAAUCGGAAAAGCAACUCUCACUCCCUGGAUCCUCCUGUUUUUUGCUGGUAACAACGGUUUGGUAAAGUCUGCUUUGAAUGUCAUAUCUGUAUUUCUAAAAGUUUUAUGGUUGUUGCAUAUUACACACUACUGUGAUGGUGAAGAUUUUCACAAUCUCUGCCACAUUUUUUUGAACUUAAUCAUGUAUAUGUGAACAAUCAUUUCGUUUUGGGGAAAAACUGUCAUCUGUCAGUGUGUUUGUUGUGUUAUUUGUGAUCUAUUGUGCAUGAACAAAGAGACAAAUCAGUUUUGCUACUGUAGUUUGGCACAGAACUUAUUCAUGUAUAUGAAUGGGAAUGAACGACACUGUAGAAGGUUCUCAGUCAUUCUUAUUUCACUCCCCAAAUGUUAGCUGAUGAAUGUGAUUUGUCAUUUCAAUGCCUCCCAUUUGCUGUUAUUACACCCACUGAACGGGUAUCAUUGUACUAAAAACUGAUGAAAUGGAGUUAUGUGUUUUUGUUGCUGGACAGGCCUUUAAUCACUAUCACCCUUGUCAUUGAAUGUAAAUUGUACAUUUAAUGCACCAGCUGAUACACAUAUGAUGCAAAUUGACACAGAAAUGUGACAUUCAGCUUAACUUGCUCUGAAGAAAUGAUUGUGAUUCUAUUCCUGUCUUUGUCAUUAGUGAAUGCUCAUGAUUAUUACUUGUGAAAGACUGUAUAUAUUUGGGGUUUCUUAUUUAAAUGUAUUUGGGUCGAUCUUUUCAGAAUAACAGCAGCAGACUGGCCUUAAAAAGGCUGAUUGAUUGUGAAUUUGUGUGUUUAUAUGUUUAUCCUGUGAAAACCCAAACUAGUUACUUAAUUAUUCAAAUUAUUUGUAGAGCUGCAUUAAUAUAGGUGAAAUUUAAAAGAAAAUUUAAAUGGAAAAGUAUUUACUUGAUCUAUUCAGUUUACAUUUUAAAGUCUCUAUCCAUCUAAAUUUCAACCUGCUAACGAAAUAACACAGUGACAUUUGAUUUCUGAGAAUGAGUGCAGGCACUCAGGUUUGUAACAGUUUGAUGGUUCUUAAAUUGCAUUAAAUAAAAUAUUUAAAUUAAUAAAUAAUACUGUUGCUUAUAAUCUAGAUUUGCUUAAAUGUGAAUUGAUUUUUACAUUUAUCUAUUAGAGAAAUUAAGAGAGAACUUCUGUAUUUUAAAUCCUCUUGUAGGAUGUUGGUUGGUUAUUUAGUGUCUGAUUGUAAAUGAAUGGAGAAUGUAAAGUAAGCAGCCAUGUAACAUAAUUGUACAGGUUGAAUUGUCUAGUAUUGUGUAUGUGAGAUAUUUUUUGUGCGUUAUCCAAGUGUUACACAAGUCUUUGUCAUAAUAACAAGCUAAAUGAAUGUUGAGUUUUACUCUACUGGUAUCACAAAGCACUAGUGUAAUGCCUCUGUCUUACACACUACCUAUACAGUAAUACAAACAGCAUGUGUCUGUUGUUUUAAAGCCAGUGAUUCUUAUUCACUGCCAUUUUGAAAUAAACAGCUUUCUUUUCUAGCA